AUGAGCAAGUCAUUGUUCAUGCGGAUUGUGCAUCGCCUCUCUACGGAAGUGGAGUAUUUUGCUGCAACAGAAGAUGCAGUCGGAAGGCGUAGUCUAUCACCGCUCCAGAAAUGCACAGCAGCAAUACGUCAAUUAGCAUAUGGGGGUGGGGCUGAUACAGUGGACGAAUAUGUCCGACUUGGUAAAUCAACAGCUCGGAAUUGCUUGCACAAUUUUACUGCCGCAAUCAUCGACUUGUUUGGCGAUGAGUACCUAAGACGUCCAACACCCGACGAUCUUGAAAGGCUACUACACAAGGGAGAAGAACGUGGAUUUCCCGGGAUGAUUGGAAGCAUCGACUGUAUGCACUGGGAGUGGAAGAAUUGCCCCACCUCUUGGAAAGUCAAUUACAAUGUCAACGGCGGGGAGUACGAUUUGGCCUAUUAUCUUACAUAUGGUAUUUACCCGGAAUGGGCGACAUUUAUUAAAUCUAUUAGUCUCCCACAGGGUGAAAAAGAUUUAUUAUUUGCAAAAAGACAGGAAUCUGCCCGAAAAGAUGUUGAGCGUGCCUUCGGAGUCCUGCAAGCUAGAUUCGCCAUUAUUAAAAAUCCAUCAAAGUUAUGGAGUAAAUCGAAGAUAGCAAAAAUUAUGAGAGCUUGUAUCAUACUCCAUAAUAUGAUUGUCGAAGAUGAAGAACGUGCGGAUACUCGAGAUGAGACAUUUCACGAUCAGGAUAUUUCUUUUUGCGUCAAGAUGCCUACUGAGCUUUUCGAUGCACUUGAUCGCCGAGCUAGAGUUCGGGAUAGACCAGUCCAUAGACAACUAAAACAUGAUUUGAUCGAACAUCUAUGGGAUAAAUUUGGAGAUGAAUAA